UCUCAUUUUUGAAGUUAGCCCUAAUUUUCAUCUUUCCAUUUCAGUUACGGCCUCUCCACACUCGGCCUCUUUCCCUCUAUCUAUAUCCCUUGCAAGCUUCUGCCCUUGUAAAACCUCCGAUCGGCGACCACCGCCCUCACGGCGUCAACGGACGGCGGCCUACUGUCACUCUCUAUCAACCGACUGGUCUUUUAGCUUGCAGGCUCAAAGCUCGAGGCAAGCAUACUCUAUCUAUUGUUGGUUUAAUAAUUUACUAGUCUCUCACUGGCUUUUUCUCAUUCCGUGAAGAGCUUUUUGCCGUUCUCCACAAAUCGUCGUGCUGUUCUGAAUAUAAGAUUUUUCAGUCUUGCAGACAUGGCAUCAGAGAGUGGGAAAAGCUUUGCUAGGAGGGACAGUCUCCGAGAGAUUGAAGCGAAGGUUCGAGUUUUAUGGGAAGAGAAUGAUGUUUUCAGGGCAGAGGCAUGUGAAACACCUCCUAAAGAGGGGGAGAAGUUCUUUGGAAAUUUCCCCUUCCCUUAUAUGAAUGGAUUCUUGCAUAUUGGUCAUGCUUUUUCCCUUUCAAAAUUGGAGUUUGCUGCAGCAUAUCAUAGGCUGAGAGGUGCAAACGUCCUAUUACCAUUUGGUUUUCACUGCACAGGAAUGCCUAUCAAGGCCUCUGCUGAUAAGCUUGCUAGGGAAAUCCAACAAUUUGGUGAUCCACCUGUCUUCCCUCGUGAAAUAGAAGAGCAAGAAAACUUGAAAGCAGAAGCUGAGGAGACAAAUGAAAGUAAUCUGACAUUGCCUGACAAAUUCAAGGGCAAGAAAUCUAAGGCAGCCUCUAAGUCAGGUGGACAGAUGUACCAGUGGGAAAUAAUGCGCAGUUUUGGUCUGUCUGAUGGUGAGAUAUCCAAGUUCCAAAAUCCGUAUAACUGGUUGACAUUCUUCCCUCCUUUGGCCAUGGAAGACCUAAAGGCUUUUGGUUUAGGUUGUGAUUGGAGACGAUCUUUUAUUACUACUGAUAUCAAUCCAUAUUUUGAUUCAUUUAUACAGUGGCAAAUGCGAAAGUUGAAAUCCAUGGGGAAGAUUGUGAAAGAUGUUAGAUAUACUAUAUAUUCACCCUUAGAUGGCCAACCCUGUGCAGAUCAUGAUAGGGCAACUGGUGAAGGGGUUCAACCACAGGAUUACACACUGAUUAAGAUGGAGGUUGUGCCACCUUUUCCUCCUAAAUUGGGAGUGUUGGAGGGUAGAAAAGUGUUUUUAGCCGCUGCAACAUUGAGACCUGAGACCAUGUAUGGUCAAACAAAUGCAUGGGUACUGCCUGAUGGUAAAUAUGGAGCAUUUGAAAUUAAUGAUACUGAUGUAUUUAUUAUUACCGAAAGAGCCGCCCUUAACUUAUCCUAUCAAAAAUUUUCUAGGGUUCCCGAAAAACCUACUUGCUUGGUUCAGCUGACUGGUAAUGAUUUGAUAGGCCUUCCAUUGAAGUCCCCUCUAGCCUUUAAUGAGAUCAUUUAUGCUCUUCCCAUGCUUACAAUUCUCACAGAUAAGGGAACUGGUAUUGUGACCAGUGUACCUAGUGAUGCUCCUGAUGAUUAUAUGGCGAUGCAUGAUCUAAAAUCAAAACCAGCUCUUAGGGCCAAGUAUGGUGUUAAAGAUGAAUGGGUGCUUCCCUUUGAUAUUGUUCCGAUCAUUGAUAUCCCAGAAUUUGGAGACAGGGCUGCUGAAAAAGUUUGCUUGGAUCUAAAAAUUAAAAGUCAGAAUGAGAAGGACAAGCUUGCUGAAGCUAAAAGAUUGACGUAUUUGAGAGGAUUUACUGAUGGAACACUAAUUGUUGGUGAAUUUGCUGGAAGGAAAGUACAGGAAGCAAAGCCUUUGAUUCGGAGCCAGCUAAUUGAAACUGGCCAAGCUAUCCCUUAUAGUGAACCUGAGAAGCGUGUUAUGUCUCGGUCUGGAGAUGAGUGCAUUGUAGCUCUUACUGAUCAAUGGUACAUCACAUAUGGGGAAUCAGAAUGGAAGAAGUUGUCUGAAGAGUGCUUGGCCAUCAUGGAUCUGUUUUCUGAUGAGACAAGACAUGGAUUUGAGCACACACUGAGUUGGCUCAACCAGUGGGCAUGCUCACGAAGUUUCGGACUUGGAACGCGUAUCCCUUGGGACAAACAAUUUCUAGUUGAGUCAUUAUCUGAUUCCACCAUUUACAUGGCUUACUACACCAUUGCUCACUUGUUGCAGAAUGGGGACUUGUAUGGAUCAGGUGACUCUGCAAUAAAACCUGAGCAGAUGACAGACGAAGUUUGGGAUUUUGUCUUUUGUGGCGCUGAAGAACCAAAAUCAACUGACAUCUCGCAGUCAAUUCUUAAGAAGAUGAAACAGGAGUUUGAGUAUUGGUAUCCAUUUGAUCUUAGGGUUUCUGGAAAAGAUCUUAUUCAGAAUCAUUUGACAUUCUCUAUUUACAAUCAUACUGCAAUUAUGCCAAGGCGCCAUUGGCCUCGUGGGUUCAGAUGUAAUGGGCACAUCAUGCUUAAUUCUGAAAAGAUGUCCAAGUCUACAGGGAAUUUUAGAACUCUGCGUGAGGCAAUUGAAGAGUUUUCUGCUGAUGCCACACGAUUCUCAUUGGCUGAUGCUGGUGAUGGUGUCGAUGAUGCAAAUUUUGUAUUUGAGACUGCAAAUGCUGCAAUAUUACGUUUGACUAAAGAAAUAGCAUGGAUGGAAGAUAUUCUACAGGCUGAUUCUGCUUCAUUCCUUAGAACAGGCCCUCCAUCAACUUAUGCCGAUCGGGUAUUUGAAAACGAAAUCAAUAUAGCUGUCAAAAUGACUGAGCAAAAUUACAAAGAUUACAUGUUCCGUGAAGCUCUGAAGACUGGUUUUUAUGAUCUCCAAGCAGCUAGGGAUGAGUACAGGUUCUCAUGUGGUGCGGGAGGCAUGAAUCGUUAUUUGGUUUUCCGUUUUAUGGAUGUCCAGACGCGACUCAUUACUCCAAUUUGUCCACACUAUGCGGAACAUGUUUGGAGGGAUCUGUUGAAGAAGGAAGGAUUUGUCAUUAAUGCUGGCUGGCCUUCAGCUGAUUCUCCUGAUUUAACUCUCAAAAGUGCAAACAAAUAUCUCCAAGACUCAAUAGUUCUGAUGAGGAAGCUUCUUCAAAAGCAACUUUUAGGAUCCAAAAAAGGCAACAAGAAGAGCGCUCCUGUCACAACGGUGAUUGAGGACAAGAAAUUGACCGGCUUGAUAUAUGUGAAUGAGCAAUUUGAUGGAUGGAAAGCAGAAUGCCUUAGAAUACUCCGAAGUAAAUUUGACACAGCUAAACGUACAUUUGCACCGGAUGGUGAAAUAAUGGAGGCACUACAGAAGAGUUCAUUAGGGCAGGCAGCAGAUUUUAAACAAACACAGAAGCUGUGUAUGCCAUUCUUGAGGUUUAAGAAGGAUGAGGCUGCUUCACUUGGGGUUCAAGCCUUGGACUUGAAGCUUCCUUUUGGGGAGAUGGAUGUUCUUAAUGAGAACUUGGAGUUGAUUAGGAGGCAAAUAGGUUUGGAAGAGGUGCAGGUUUUGCGUGCAUCUGAUGCAGAUGCUCUUGCGAAAGCCGGUGCUUUGGCUUCACUGUUGAAGCAGAAUCCUCCAUCUCCAGGGAAUCCUACUGCGAUUUUCUUAACAAAUUGAGAAAUAUAUCGAAGGCAUAUUCUGGUGAGGUUUAAUUGUCUUUCUGGCUAUAUACUCAACUGUUUUAUUAGACUUACUAUUUUUGUUUGAAUCUAUACGUCUUUUUUAUUUAAUUCAAAACUUCCUGUCUUUUAAAGAGUGAGUGCCGUUUGGGGAAAAAAUUCAUUUUUAAUAGGUCGGUGUAGUUUCCGUUGAAGUUAUAGUUCGAACACAUUGGAUUGUGAACUUGAUCAAAUGGGUAACACUGAAUACAAUAUUUCGAGGAUGGGUAGGAUGUUAUGAUUGUGUAAUUCUAACUUUGUAGUCAAUCUUCAUUUAGACUAUUCUUUUGGCUACCUGUCAUAA